AUGCAUAUUGCAAAAACAAAUAUCUUUCUAGAAAAAAAAGCAACAACAUCGAGCAAAACUGAUGGAAGUACAGAUACAACUACGCUGGAGCCUGUUGGGAAAGAAGCACCAAAUUUGAGCAAUACUGGUGAAAGUGAGGAUGUUGGAUCGGUCGAGGCUACUGUAGAAGCACCAGCAUUAUCAAGCAAAACUGGCGAAAGUGAAGAUGUUGGAUCAGUUGAGGCUGCUGAAAAAGCAUUAACAAGCUUCAGCAAAAUUGAUGAAAGUGAAGAUACUGAAACAUCAGCAGCUGAUGGAAAAGAAGCAUCGAAACCGGGCACAAAUGGUGAAAGUGAUGAUGUUCAAACGAUAGAAUCUGCUAAAAAUGCACCAAGUCCAUCAAGUGCAACCAGUGAAAGUGAAGAUACUGAAACAGUCGGGACUCUUGGAAAAGCACUAACAAAAUCAAGCACAACUGGUGAAAGUGAAGAUGUUGAAACAGUCGAAGAUGCUGAAGAAGCACCAACAGCAUCAAGAACAACAAGUGAAAGUGAAAAUGCUGAAACGGUCGAGGCCGCUGAAACAGUACCAUCAAGUAGAACUCUGCAAACAGAAGAAACUGAUGGUGAUAUUGCUGUUGGCGAUGGCACUUCAAUACCCGAUGUAGCUGUAGAAAAAGAAGUGGAAGAAUUUCCAACUAAAGAAACUGGAUAUAAACAUAAUAUGAUAAAUUCGAAUAAUAAUAAUGGUAAUUUAUAUGGAACAUUAUAG